AGCUUAGGAUUCGGCAUUUGAUCAAACAGCGGAGCUAGCCAUACAUAGAGAGGCCCGGGGAGAGAUCAGAGAGAGAGAGAGAGAGAGCUGAACCCAUGGUUUCCUUUCAAAAUUUCAUCUCUGUAAAUCAAAGGAAUACUAUGCCAGAGUUGGAGAAUUCAUCAAAGAAGAGGAGAUGGGAAAAAACAGAAGAUCAACAAGACUUGGAGAAGCGACCAAAGUUAUCAAAGGCCGUAGUUGAUAUUGAACUCCAACUCGAAAGGCCCUUACCUGUGGAGUGGCAACGAUGCCUCGAUAUCAAGUCUGGGGAGAUACACUUCUAUAACACCAGGACCCAGAUGAGAACCUGUAAAGACCCAAGACAAAGCCCAGAGAGGUCGAGUAGUCCCAGACACAUAAGCUUAGACCUGGAGCUAAAUCUCACAUGCGAGCCGGUCAGGAGUCAAGGAGAUGACGACAAUUGGAUCAAGCCUGCAGCUGAGACGAAUGGCCUCUCGCACAAUUCGGACGAUCAGCCGCACCAGUCUAAGAAUUGCAGCAGUGGUGUGACAAGAACUCCAUCGUGGAUGUCCUUGGAAGCGGAUGAUGAACAGGAGAUGGUCGCGGCGGUGUGCAAGCGGUGUCAUAUGUUGGUCAUGCUAUGCAAGUCGUCUCCUGCGUGCCCCAACUGCAAAUUCAUGCACCCACCAGACCAGACUCCAAACCUAUUUAAGCCAAGGAUUAGGCUGUUGUGUUGCAAGGAUUAAUUAAGCCCUAAUUAUUCUACUUUCAGCCAGCUGAUCGGUCGAGCCCAACUUAUAUAUAUACUACCUUACACCCAAAGUCUUUGUCUUUUCCUAAUCUCCCCCCAAAACUCACCUUCCUCCUGUAAGAAAAAACAGAACCAAAAAAACAAAACCAGGCAAUAAAAGUAGAAAUUAGAAAGUAGGAGAGAAAGAGAUGGAGAGCAUAAGUUCUGAUCGAUGAUGUAAAUUUACAAGCAGAAAUGGGUUUUGUGUAAGGAUUGAUCUAAUGUGAAAGAAGGGGCCGGUCCGGGCAAGGGAAGGUGAUCGAUGGUGCGAUGAAGAAGUAGCCAAUGUUCAAUAUUUAAAUGGAUAAAACUGUGUACUUAGUCUCAUAUUAAUUAGCAGGUUUGGUUUUAAUUUGGAAUCUGAAAAACUCAAGUUUUUAUUACUUAUUAGGCAUGUGUUACAACUUUACGUGAA